ACCAACUGCAACCAGAGAGCGAAGAUUGCUGCAUUAAAAAAAUUUAAAGCCAAAACAACAUCCAAAGUAAACAACGAGAUAAUGAUAAACAGUCACAUACACACAAAAAUAUAACCAUCGACAUAAAAGAUUCGCAACACAGUUUAGAUUAAUCGUUAGAUUCAUCACCUCAUAUCAUAUACGCAAUGGCUGACCAAUUGACUGAAGAGCAAAUCGCAGAGUUCAAGGAGGCUUUCUCCCUGUUCGAUAAGGAUGGAGAUGGCACAAUCACAACCAAGGAGCUUGGCACUGUUAUGCGGUCCUUGGGACAGAACCCCACCGAGGCUGAGCUACAGGAUAUGAUUAACGAAGUUGAUGCGGACGGUAAUGGAACCAUCGAUUUCCCCGAGUUUUUGACCAUGAUGGCCAGAAAGAUGAAGGACACCGAUUCUGAGGAGGAGAUCAUCGAGGCCUUCCGUGUGUUCGACAAGGAUGGAAACGGUUUCAUCAGUGCCGCUGAGCUUCGCCACGUCAUGACCAGUCUCGGUGAGAAGCUGACAGAUGAGGAGGUCGAUGAGAUGAUCAGAGAAGCCGACAUUGACGGCGACGGGCAAAUUAACUACGAGGAAUUCGUUAAGAUGAUGACUACCAAGUAAAGAGUUUUAAUAUUGUUCCAUCUGUGCUUGAUAAGUUUAUAUACACGUGACGAAAUAAAAUAGUAAGAUCGGGGUUCCUUGGGCACCUUUUUCGAAUCGCUUAUGUGGUGGGUAUGUCGAGUUGGUCGUGCUCAAGCCACUAACAAUAUUUCUCACUGACUACGAGAUCUAGAAAUAUGAUUAGCCGUAUGCAACUGCUAUUAUCAAAGUAAAUACUCUAAUACCGCUUCAUUGGGUUUACCCUUCCGCCCAAGCACUGAAAAGUUAAGGGAAGUUCGAACUGGCAAACCCUAAACGCCCAGUCGCAUCACAUGGAGUGACCUCCUCUGCCAGUUAAUCAUGAUAAUAGAAGCUGAGUAUUCACACAGUACUAAAACCUUUG